GAGAAUUUAAGCAGAAGGAUCCAUAAACACUUUGCACUUAUUGCCUUGUUUCACAUCCAGACGUGGAAAUGAGAGGGACACUGCUUUGCCUUGCAGCCCUGUUGCUCUGUGGGCUGUCCUUCGCUGGGCCUGCCGGAAGACAGUUUGCUAUAUCCUUCAUGCAGAAUUACCUGGAAAAAAGACAUGAGCCUAGGCGAUUUGUGGUUGAGGUUUUUAAUCCAGCUGCUAAAUCGAGUGCCACCGUGAAAGUAACUGCCCUGGGAAAAGUUUACGAGAAAACUGUUCAGCCUGGGCAAGGAGAAUCUUUCCAGCUGCCUGAUGAGGUGGAGAUGAUUGGAAGUGCAAAAAACCAACAGACAGUACAGGUGGAGUCCGACCAAGACAUUUUGGUGUCUUCUCUCAACUAUAAGAUCUUCUCAACAGGUCUUUCAGUGAUCUACCCUGUCAACGAAUGGGGCACUGAGUACUAUGUUUUUACCCCAAAGAGUCCAAAGUCACGUAAAAUAAUCCCUAAUGCCUACAAAGAGUUCUCCAUCACUAACUACAAGGACAGCAAUUCAGUUGAGAUCGACUUGACCUCCGGAGUGAAAUUCCAGGGACAAAAUUACCCCAAAGGAAGCAAACUCAUCAUUGAUUUACGGCCCUUUGAGAGUGUACAGAUCCAAACUGAAGAAGAUAAUGAACAAAGACUAUACAAUCCCAGCAUUGGAGACCUGACAGGCUCCAAAGUUACUGCUAAACACCCAGUGGCAGUCUUUACAGGCCACAGCUGCACCUGGUUGUUUGCUGGAUGUGACCAUGUUUACGAGCAACUAAUUCCCGUCAGUAGCUGGGGGAAAGAAUUCAUUGUUGCACCCAUCGCCUACCAAAAACCUGUGGGCAAAUAUGACAGCGUCUACGUUCAAGCCUCUCAGAACACUCUCGUCGAAGUUAACAGUCAGGAUGGGACGACCUCACAAAAAGAAUUGAAGACUGGAGAGACAUACGAGAUACAUAUAAAAUGGCCAGAUUAUCUGCACAUCACUGCGGAUAAAGGGAUUCAAGUGCUUUAUGAGUUUAAUGGAGGAAUCACUGAAAAAGGAAUUCUGAAUGAUCCGUUCUUGAUGAACAUCCUACCAAUUGACCAAUUCGACACCUCCUACACACUGGUCACACAAAGUGAUUUUACAAACGAAGCAGUUGUAGUAACAAGCAGUAAAGACCUUGCUGGACUGAAACUAGGUAAAUCUGUGACAUCAACAGAUCUUCAGUGGCGUAAAACUGCUGGAGGUGAAUACGCAUGGACCCAGAUCACUUACGGUGACAGUUUAAGCUUCCAACAGUUAACACAAACAGACUCGUCAUUUGCCUUCUACAGCUUUGGUGUGGCCCGAGUCAAUGGUUAUGGGACUUCAGCUUUUGGGCACGUAAGAGAAACUGUAACAACCACCACUACAACUACAACUACCACUACCACUACUACUACAACUACCACUCCCACUACUACUACAACUACCGCUACCCCUACAACUACCACUCCCACUACUCCUACCCCUACUACUACCACUACAACUACCACUACCACUCCCACUACUCCUACUCCUACCCCUACUACUACCACUACAACUACCACUACCACUCCCACUACUCCUACCCCUACUACUACCACUACAACUACCACUACCACUCCCACUACUCCUACUCCUACAACUACCACUACCACUACCACUACUACAGCUGUCUCUGGAGCAGUAGGCACCUGCUGGGUCAUGGGCGACCCACACUACCGCACUUUUGACGGCACUUACUACAACUUCAUGGGCAACUGCACCUACAUUAUGGCUAAGAACUGCCGACCCGACACUGACCACCCAGCUUUUGAAGUAUGGACCAAGAACGAACGGACUGGGAGCACAAAUUCCACCUCUGUGGAGAUGGUUGUGAUUACAGUCUAUGGUAUAACCGUCACCAUUGUCCAUCAUCAAAUUGGGCUCGUUAUAAUUAAUGAUUCACUUUGGAACCUUCCAAUUUCCUUGGACAAUAACAGAGUGAAGCUCUGGCAAAGUGGCCUCUCAGUUGUUAUGGAGACAGACUUUGGUCUGUCAGUGCAGUAUGAUUGGGAGCAAUAUCUGGUGAUAAAAGUACCAAGCAGCUUUAUGGAAAGGAUGUGUGGCAUGUGUGGGAACUUCAAUGGGAAGAAGAAUGAUGACCUCACUACUCCCACAGGCUCCCUGGCAGGCAGUAUUCCAGCACUGGGAAAAAGCUGGAGGGUUCCAGGUUUAGCUGGGGAUGCCUAUUGCACUGAUGAUUGUACAGGGCAAUGUGAGAGCUGUAAAGGAGAAUCAUGGUACGAUCUUGUAAAAGCAAAGGUUUUCUGUGGCUUUAUUGCGAUUCUCUCUCAUGGUCCACUCCGCGACUGCAAUACACUUAUUGAUACCGAUGUCUUGUAUGAAAACUGCCUGCUGGACUACUGUAUGGGAAAAGGAUACAAGAAUUUUCUCUGCAGCAUGGCUCAGACUUAUACAGACGCCUGUCAGCGUGCUGGCAUAAAAGUGUACAACUGGAGAGAGCUCCUCCACUGUCCAAACCCACAGUGUACUGCAAACAGCCACUUUGAAUCCUGUGGAAGUCCUUGUCCUGCCACCUGUGAGAACCCUACAGCACCUGCAACAUGCAAAGCUGACUACUGCGUACAAGCCUGUUCAUGUAAUGAGGGAUAUAUCCGAAGUGGUAACACGUGUGUCCCUAAGUCUCAGUGUGGCUGUGUGUACAGCGCUGGUGGAGAGAAACGCUAUCUAGAGGCAAACGAGACCUUUUGGGCAGAUGAUACAUGCCAAAAGCUGUGCACUUGUAAUCCACUCACCAAAAGCGUAGAAUGUAAAGCAACCAGCUGUCCAUCUGGGCAAGUGUGCCAAGUUGUCAAGAACAUUAGAAACUGCUAUCCAGUAUCCAAGGCGACCUGCAGAAUCCAUGGCGACCCUCACUACAACACAUUUGACAACACCACUUAUGACUUCCAGGGUACCUGCACCUACACUGCUGCUCAAGGUUGCCAUCUAGAGGGAACACAACUCACUCCGUUUAAAGUUAUAGUGGAGAAUCAGAAAUGGGAUGAGAUCCAAAUGAGUCCAAACGUAUCUAUGGCUAAGGUGGUCAUUGUGGAGGUUUAUGGUAUGAUUUUAGUGCUGCGAAGGAAUCAGCUACAUCAGAUAAUGAUUAAUGGUGUCUUGACCAACAUUCCUGUGAGUCUGGAUGAUGGAAAAGUGACGGUCCAACAGGAGGGCUAUCAAAAUGUAAUCACUACAGACUUUGGCCUGAGAGUCGCCUACGAUAUGGUUUAUCAUGUUAGCAUCACAGUCCCCAGCAGCUACCACGGGAAGACCUGUGGACUGUGUGGAAACUACAAUGGUGACAAAAAUGAUGAUUUCUUGCUGCCUGAUGGUAAAGAAACCAAAGACAUUAAAACAUUUGGAGCUGCGUGGAAGGUGGCUGUUCCCGGUGUUGUGUGUGAUGAUGGCUGUUCUGGAGACUUCUGUCCAAAAUGUCCUGCAGACAAGAAAGCUGUCUUUGAAAAGGACUGCAGCAUCAUUACCAACCCUGAAGGUCCAUUUGCUGCCUGUCACAGUGUAAUAAACCCUGAGUCCUACUUCAGAGAUUGUGUCUACGAUGUCUGUAUGGGCGAUGGAGAUCAUCACAUGCUCUGCCACAGCAUUGCUGCUUACAUGAUUGACUGUCAGGACUUUGGAGUUACUGUUAAAAAUUGGAGAACAUCAACGUUUUGUCCGCUGAACUGCCCUGCCAACAGUCACUAUGAAAUCUGUGCUCAGUCAUGUGACUCACCCUGUCCUGGCCUCACUGAAAUCAUCAACUGUGAUGUUCAGAUCUGUGCUGAAGGCUGUAUGUGCGACUCUGGAUUCUUCAUGAAUGGUACAGGCUGUGUUAAAGCAGAUCAGUGUAGCUGUUAUGAGAACGGACACGCCUAUAAGAUUGGUGAAUCCGUCACCACAGAUGAUUGUCAAGUACGGUUGACUUGUCUUUCUUCUGGAGAAGUUAAGCAUGAGAACAUGAGCUGUAAGAGUGAUGAAUCUUGCACGGUUAGGAAUGGUGUUCAAGGAUGUUACCCAAAGCAAUGUGUGUUGGAGGCUGGAGGCUCCUUCACCUUCUUCAAUGGGGAAACCUGGACUUUCACAUCUUUGGGAGCCUUUGAAUUGGUGAAAGUAUGUGAAGAAGCUCUUGUGCUUGAGUGGUUCCGUGUGGUGGUGCAGGUGCAAGCCUGUGGGCAAACAGGUCUGAUUGAAAUUGUUGCUUUGCACGUGUUCUUUGAAGAUGUGCUUGUGACCGUCACUGCAGAGCAGGAGAUUUGGCUUAAUGGUAAGAAGGUUGGCAUCGUGGAAGUAAAUGGGAUUUCAGUGACGGCUCAAGAGGGAAUUGUUAUCAUUAACAAGGGAUCUGAACUCCAAGUGUCCUACAGUUUGUCAGAGGAGAUAAUAGUGACUGUGAGUGAAGCAAUGGCUGGGAAACUUUGUGGUGCCUGUGGAAGUCUCACUGGAAAAGAGCCAUUCUCUAUUAACAGUGAAAACAUAAACACUUACAUGAAUGGAUAUAGAGCGCCAGACUUUCCCCAGUGUUCCUUGUGAACGGCUGCUGUAGAAACAGUGGUUCUCACUGCACGUCUGCAGUGCAUCAGCCCUGAGUCCUUCUUGAUAUCACUGAUUUGCAGUACUGCUAAGAAUAAUAUCAUCACUGACUGAACAAAAACUUGUAUCUCCAAAAAUUUUACAAGAGAAGGAAAAAACUUCAACUUUCAUGGGAAAUGAACGGACAAACGAUUUAUUCCAAGAAAUGUUGGACCAUUUAUUUUGGUUUAUUCAUCAUGAAAUGAACACACAAUACAAAAGGCAUUCAUUUUCAAAUUAAGCCAAAAAUGAAAAACAAAAAUGAAGGUUUUGUCCCAACAGUGACAAUAUGCAGUACUAGCACUUAAGCUAUGACUGUGUAUAUUGCAGUGCAUGAUGGAUAAUAAAAUAUCGUAAUACUGAAAAUUUCUGUGUAUGUGUUUAAUACUGGAUUUUAUGCACUCAUCAUUCAUUUAAGCUUUAUAAAAGAAUGAUACUUACUGUUAGUGGUAAUAAUGAGCCUCAUUCAUCAAUAUCUUCAUAAGUUUUUUUCUUAAAUUUGUUCUUGAGAAAGGUCCUAAGAAGAAGUCUAUGUCAGAUUCCUGAUGUGUUCUUAAACCACAGAAUUGUUCACCUUUGUGCUCUUGAGUGUGUAGGUUCUGUUUUGUUCUAAGAACAAAUCCCAAAUAAGAAAACACUGGUGAAUGACAGAAUCUUUGUGAAAACUGCAUAAGACGGUUUUAAGAAGAAACUUCUACUUAGGAACAGUUGGGGAAUGAGGACCAAUGUUGUGGAUUAUUUGAUUUAUACCAUCAUUUUUAAUGUUUAGUAUAACUAGACUGACUGACUUUUUUAAAGUAGUCAGGGAAAAUGUCCUUUAAAUAUUAGCAAAGCAUGCAGUCAAACUCUUGUUGCCCAAAAGCAUUUUAAAUGAAAAGCAUACCUG